AUGGAAAAUUAUAAAAUCUUGGAACGAAUUGGAGAAGGGACACACGGACAAGUAGUUCAAGCAUUAGAACGUUCUUCUGCUAAAAUAGUUGCUAUAAAAUGUGUGCGGUCGUUGGAUAAAGCAUCUAAGAAUUUACUCCGUGAAAUCGAGUCUUUGAAAGCUUUGAAUUCAAAUUAUGUACAUGGCAAAUAUAAACAUAAUAUUAAUAUUUGGUUCUUACAAGAGAGUAAAUUAUUUAUUAUUUUAGAUUGUAAAGCUGUUAAAUCAUUUCUGUCACAGUUUUAGUUUCUAUUUAGUAUUGGAAUAUGUGGUGUCUGGUUUGCCAGAGAUGUUGUGCGAUGAUAAUAUAUUAUUAAAUGAUUCUCAUCUGAAAACAUAUGCCCGGAUGCUUCUUAACGGCGUAUUUCACAUGCAUGCGAGUAACAUCAUGCAUAGAGUCAGUAAAAUUUCAUUAUUUUAUUAUUUAUGGUACCUACCUAUUAUACCGAUUGCAUGUCUGUUUAGGAUCUGAAACCGGCAAAUUUGCUAAUUAGUUCUCAAGGUGUGUUAAAAAUAGCAGAUUUUAGUCUUAGCCGUCUAAUGUUAACAGAAGAUAAUAGUGUACAAUUCAGUGAAAAUUGUUGUUAUACUGGUCAAGUGGCCACACGUCGAUAUCGUGCUCCAGAACUUUUAUUUGGUUCUAAUCAUUAUAAUCAAUCUAUCGACAUGUGGUCGGUUGGUUGUAUUUUGGCAGAAAUGCAAAUGAAAACUCCUUUAUUUGCGGUAAACAAUCUAAAAUUAUUCUAAAACAUUUUUUUUAUAUUAUUUAAUCAUUAUAGGGUGAUUCUGAUAUGGAACAAAUUGCUAUUAUUGUACACUAUUUAGGAACACCAACUGACAAAACGUGGCCAAACAGGAAUGAAAUGCCAGAUUACAAUAAACUGAAGUUUACUCAUUGUGACCCAGUAUCGAUAAAUAUAUUAUUGCCAGAUAUUGAUGAAUUAUUGAUUGAUUUAAUCCUUAAAUUAAUUGUAUACAAUGCAAACAAAAGGUUAAGUGCAUAUGAGGUACAUACAAAUUGUUUUUUUUGCUAAAAUAUUAUAUCAGCAUAUUAUUAAAAUCCUUACUUAACAUUUAUUUAAUGGUUAACUAGAAAAAUUAUAUAAAUCUCAUCUGUGUUGCACUAAAAUAAACCAAAGGAUAAAAUGUAUUAGCUAAGCUAUUGAAAUUAAUUUUUCAGGCAUUACUACAUCCUUAUUUUUUUAACGAACCGUUGCCAUGCCUAGAACAUAAAAUGCCAAAACCACCAAAGGAUCAUAGACAAAAACUUACACCCAAACAGACUGAAGUAAUUGAGAAUAUGGAAAACAAUUUUAGCCAAUUAUAUAAAAUACUUGACGAAACGUGA